CAUCAAUUAAAGCAUAGUGAGCGAGUGUGUAAAGAGAGUUUGAUUAAGAGAGAGAGGAGCGGAGGCGCUCUCAUAGUUUGUAAAGCAAUAAAAACAAACGCUGCCGACGCCUAUUCGGACGUCGACGUCGUUGUCGCUGUAAACAAGUGCAAUAUUGAUUGACGACCAAACGGGAGAGUAAUAUUAACACACACAUUAACGCACACACAUACACAGAUGCAUACACACAGCCAGACAAAUAAUAAUGUUAUAACAACGAAUUAGAAGCAAACGAAAUCAACAAGAAGCAAAAACGCCGCAUUCGUCAACGAUUUCGGGUUACCACUGUACUCGCAAUGAAGAAGCAGCAGCAGACCCAACAACAACAACAACAACGUCAACAACAGAAAACGCAACCAAUGCUGCUCGUUUUUGGCAUUUUAACAAUAUUCUGGGCACAGGUAACCGAGGGCGCCGAUUUGGUCAUCAGCGUGCCAAAUGCGAGCAGCAAUGACAAUGCCUUCUACCGCAUCGACUACAGUCCGCCAUUUGGUUAUCCGGAACCGAAUACGACAAUACCGGCCAGCGAAAUCGGGCAGGACAUUAAACUGUCUCGAGUCCUGCCGGGCAGCGAGUACAAUUUUUGGUUGUACUACACGAAUUCCACGCAUCGCGAGCUGCUCACCUGGACAGUGAAUAUAACGACAGCACCCGAUCCGCCGGACAAUCUCAGCGUACAGCUGCGCUCGAGCAAAAGCGCCUUCAUCACCUGGAAACCUCCGAGUACGGGCAAAUACUCCGGUUUUAAGAUCAAAGUUCUGGGUCUAACGGAACCGCCGCAUAGCGAAUACAAUCGCAGCUAUUUGCUCGCCGGCAACGAUACCCUGCAGCUGUCCGCCAAGGAGCUGACACCGGGCGGCACCUAUCAGGUACAGGCAUACACCGUCUACCAGGGCAAGGAAUCGGUGGCCUAUACAAGUCGCAAUUUCACCACAAAACCCAAUACGCCCGGCAAGUUCAUCGUUUGGUUCCGGAACGAGACAACGUUGCUGGUGCUGUGGCAGCCGCCAUAUCCGGCGGGUCUCUACACCCACUACAAGGUAUCAAUAACGCCGGACGAUGCCAUCGAGAGCGUGCUCUAUGUGGAGCGGGAGGGCGAGCCACCUGGACCGGCGCAGGCGGCCUUCAAGGGUCUCGUGCCUGGUCGCGCCUACAACAUAUCCGUGCAGACAGUCUCCGAGAAUGAGACGUCAGUGCCGACCACGGCACGGUACUUCACUGUACCGGAACGGCCACUAAACGUUAGCUUCGAUCCCAAAUAUACGACGACCAGCUCGUUCCGGGUGCGCUGGGAGCCGCCGCGGACCUACAGCGAAUACGAAAGCUUUGAGAUCUCCAUAUCGACCUCGCGGCGGGUGUUCACUGUACCGCGCACCGAGGCGAGCAGCCUUUACUUCGACUAUCCGGAAAUACUGGAGCCGGGCAAGAGCUACGACGUCGUGGUGAAAACCAUCUCAGACAAUGUCCACUCGUGGCCGGCCAGUGCGGAGAUUACGCUGCGUCCACUUCCGGUGAGAAAUUUGCACGGCUAUCUGGAUGACCGCAGCAAUGCGGUGCACCUGUCCUGGGAGCCGGCGGAGACGGGCAAACAGGAUAGCUAUCGGAUAAGCUACUAUGAGAAGUACAAUGACACGGAUGAGGCUGUCAGCACGCCACAGCAGCAGGUGGAGACGACGCUCACGGAAUACAAGCUGGACCAGCUGCUGCCGGGCAGACGCUACAGCAUCGAGGUGCAGGCCCUGUCCAAUGGCAUCAGCUCCAAUGGCACCAGCCUGAUACGCGACACCCGACCCGCGGCGCCCAUCAUCCAGGAGCUGCGCAGCAUUAACCAGGGCCUGAACAUCAGCUGGCGCAGCGAUGUCACCUCGCAGCAGGAUCGCUAUGAGGUGCACUAUCAGCGCAAUGGCACCAAGGAGGAGCGCACCAUCAGCACGAAUCUCACCAAUCUGAUCAUCAAGUAUCUGCAUCCCGGCUCCGGCUACGAGAUCAAGGUCUACGCCAUAAGUCACGAAAUGCGCAGCGAACCGCAUGCCUAUUUCCAGGCAGUCUUCCCGAAACCUCCUCGCAAUCUCACCCAGCGCACAGUGAAUACGAAUUUGGUGCUGCUCCAUUGGCUGCCGCCGGAGGGCAGCGACUUCAGUGAAUACGCCGUGCGCUAUCGCACAGCGGCGAGCACCUGGCAGCGUUUGCCCAAUGUCCACGAGCCCGAGGCACGCAUCGAGGACAUGCGCUAUGGCGAGCGCUAUUUGGUUCAGGUGAACACGCUGAGCUUCGGCGUGGAGAGCCCGACGCCGCUCGAGCUGAAUAUAACGAUGCCACCGCAGCCCGUCUCGAAUGUGGUGCCACUGGUGGACUCGCGUAACCUGACACUGGAGUGGCCGCGAGCCGAGGGGCAUGUGGACUACUAUACGAUCAAGUGGUGGGCCACGGAUGAGCCCCAGCUGGUGGAGUACAAGAAUGUGACGCAGUUGCCCGCGGAACAGGAGGUUGGCUCCUCCAACGUUCGCAUACCCAUUGAGGACUUGUCGCCGGGUCGUCAAUACAAAUUCGAGGUGCAGGCCAGCUCCAAUGGCAUACGCUCCGGCAUUACGCAUCUGUCCACGCGCACCAUGCCGCUGAUUCAGUCCGACGUGUUCAUCUCGAAUGCCCUGGACGAGGAUCAGCAGCAGGGCCAGUCGGAGCAGGAGCACGCAUCGAAUAGCAAUAGCAUCAUAUUGAACUACACGCCCACGCCCGCCUCCAGCACACGCUUCGAUCUCUAUCGCUUCUCACUGGGCGAUCCGCUCAUCAAGGACAAGGAGAAGCUGGCCAAUGAUACCGAGAGGAAACUUAGCUUUACGGGCCUCACCCCGGGUCGCCUCUACAACAUCACCGUGUGGACGGUCAGCGGGGGCGUGGCCAGCCUGCCCAUCCAGCGUCUGUAUCGGCUGCAUCCGCUGCCCAUCGGUGAUCUGCAGGCCGUCCAGCUGGACGCACGCGAGAUAACCCUGCGCUGGACAGCGCCAGCUGGUGAAUACACGGACUUCGAGCUGCAAUACCUCAGCGCCGAUGCGGAGAGCCCGCAGCUGCUGCAGAACAUUACGACGCAGACGCAGCUGACGCUGCAGCGCCUGCAGCCGUAUCACAACUACACCUUCACCGUCUCGGCGAGAGCGGGCAGCGAGCCGGGCAGCGCCAUGAUGCGCACCAGUGCGCCCAUCUCGGCCAGCUAUCAGACGCUGCCGGCAGCGCCUGGUCGCGUCGACUACUUCCAGCCGAGCGAUGUGCAGCCCGGCGAGAUAAGCUUCGAGUGGCUGCUGGCUGCGCAGGAGCAGCACGGACCCAUCGAGCACUUCCGCAUCAGCUGCCAGAAUGCCGACGAUGCUGGGGACACGGUCAGCUAUGAGCUGCCCGCGAAUGCGACGCAGGCGCGCAUCGAGAACCUGGUGCCGGGCAACAGCUAUAUCUUUCGCAUUCAGGCCAAAUCGGCGCUGGGCUAUGGCUAUGGGGCAGAGCGUGAGCAUCGCCAGCUAAUGCCCAUACUGGCGCCGCCGACCCCGCCCGCCCACAUCAUGCCCAUCGCAAUGGGCCACACCAGCACCACCAUACAGAUUCGCUACCGGCAGAGCUACUUCUCGAAUGCCCACGGUCUGGUGCGCUGGUACACGAUCAUUGUGGCCGAGGAUGUGGGCAAGAACGCGUCCGGCCUGGAGAUGCCCAGCUGGCAGGAUGUGCAGUCGUACACCGUUUGGCUGCCCUACCAGGCCAUCGAACCGUACAAUCCGUUUACCAAUGCCAGCCUGCGGAGCCUGGGCUUCGAGGACUUCACCAUCGGCAGCGCUGGCUGCGACAAGCAUCGCACCGGCUACUGCAACGGGCCGCUCAAGUCGGCGACCACCUACCGGAUCAAGGUGCGCGCCUUCACGGACGAGGACAAGUUCACGGAUACGGUGUACAGCGAGCCGAUUACCACGGAUCGCGACGAUGUCUUCUGGCUGGCCAGCUCGCUCGCCGUAGCGCUCUGUGUGCUCUGCCUGCUGGCUGCCCUGGGCUAUUAUCGCUAUCGCUGUCAUAGCAUGCGCCGUGCGACCAAUAAGCUGGCCCGCAUGCCGGACGAGCUGGCGCCACUGCCGGAUGGCUACAUAACGCCAAAUCGUCCCAUACACAUCAAGGACUUCCCGGAGCACUAUCGCCUCAUGUCGGCCGACUCGGACUUUCGCUUCAGCGAGGAGUUCGAGGAACUGAAGCACGUGGGCCGUGAUCAGGCGUGCAGCUUCGCGGAUCUACCAUGCAAUCGGCCGAAGAACCGCUUCACCAACAUUCUGCCGUACGAUCACUCGCGCUUCAAGCUGCAGCCCGUGGACGACGACGAUGGCUCCGACUAUAUCAAUGCCAACUAUAUGCCGGGUCACAAUUCGCCGCGCGAGUUCAUUGUGACGCAGGGGCCGCUGCACUCGACGCGCGAGGAGUUCUGGCGCAUGUGCUGGGAGAGCAACUCCCGGGCGAUCGUCAUGCUGACGCGCUGCUUCGAGAAGGGCCGCGAGAAGUGCGACCAGUAUUGGCCCAUCGAUCGGGUGCCCAUAUUCUAUGGUGAUAUCAAAGUGCAGCUCAUUACCGACACGCACUUUCUCGACUGGUCCAUAGCCGAGUUUAUGGUCUCACGGAAUUGUGAAUCGCGCAUCAUGCGACACUUCCACUUUACCACCUGGCCGGACUUUGGUGUGCCGGAGCCGCCGCAGUCUCUGGUGCGAUUCGUGCGCGCCUUCCGGGACGUCAUCGGCACGGAUAUGCGCCCGAUUAUCGUGCACUGCAGCGCCGGAGUGGGCAGAUCGGGCACAUUUAUAGCACUGGAUCGAAUACUGCAGCACAUCAACAAAUCCGACUAUGUGGACAUCUUUGGCAUUGUCUUUGCCAUGCGCAAGGAGCGCGUUUUCAUGGUGCAAACGGAACAGCAAUACGUUUGCAUACACCAAUGCCUGUUGGCCGUGCUCGAGGGCAAGGAGCAUCUGCUGGCCGAUUCGCAUGAGCUGCACGAGAACGAUGGCUAUGAGGAGCGCCCCAAGCCCGCCAGCAACAGCAACAGCAACCGYAACAGCAGCAAUGGUCACAUGUUGCAUGCAACGCCGCUGCGUGCCUCGCUGGCCCUUGCCGAGGAGUUGGACAGAGAGCUGGAACUGGAGCUGGAGCAGCAGCAACGACAGCAGCUGGAUGAGGAUGAUGAAGAGGCUGAUGAAGACGAUGAUCAGCAGCCUUUGAAUAAUGAGACGACAGCAACGCUGUCUACGGCCAGCAGCACGGCAAGCAGCAGCAACAGCAACAGCAACAGCAGCUUGGGCAGCAGCAGCAAUCAGGAACAACAACAACAACAACAGCAGCAGCAGCAACAACAACAACAACAUAGUGUACAGCAGCAACAACAACAAACAUUUGCACUAGCACUCAAUCAGACACAGACACUGAUGAUGAGGAUGGUGAUGGUAUUGAUAAGAGUCCGCUUUUAGGUUUGUACCAUAAACAACAAAAACAACAACAACAACAAMAACACAAA